AACAAAACAAGUUUAUUUAUAAAUUAUUUUUCUCAAAAAUAGUAUCUGCAUCUGUAAAGUAUAUAUAUAUCAAGUUAAUUCAAUUAAGAAAGAUAAUUAUAUAUAAAAGAAUCUAAAUGAGAAAGUAUAUUAAUGGUAAAUAUGCUGGCAAAGCAUAGAAAAAAGAAAUUUAAGAUUUUUCAGAGAAUAUAGAAAAAUAAAUAAGUGCGCAUAAUGUAUCGAAAAGGAAAACAUUAUGUUCCGUGAAUUUUACAUAUUACAUGGAGUAAACAAAUUGUAUAAUUACAUUUAAAAAUUCCAACUGUAAAGCUUUUUGAUCAUACGUUUCUUAAAUAUUUGAAAUGUGCUUCAAUACAUAACGGGAGAUUGAAAGAAAAAGUAUACACGAACAUAUUACGAGGAGGAAUAAAUAACAAGUAAAACUGUUAAUAUUUAAAAAAAAACUGAUUUCACUAUAUCAUGUCUUAUCAAAAUCAUUCUGAAAAUUUGUCAUCAAAUUUAAAAAAUGGCCUUUCUUCCUCCAACGUAAUACAUUGUGAAGACAAGAAUUUAAAAUUAUCUUGGAUCAAGAAAUAUUUGAAGGAAGAUGUUAGAUUAUCGGAAAUAUUCAAAAUGUGUUUCGCCGAAUUUAUUGGAACCGGAAUUUUAGUAUUUUUGGGAUGUAUGGGUUGUGUUGGAAGUCUUGGACAUCGACCAUCACCAUUACAAAUUUCUUUUACUUUUGGAUUGGCUGUUAUGCUCAUAAUACAGAGUAUUGGACAUAUCAGUGCUGCUCACAUAAACCCAGCAAUUACAUUGGGCUCUGUUGUCCUUGGUAAAAAAUCUUUGCCAAUUGCAAUACUUUAUAUUGUUGCUCAACUCACUGGUGCUAUUCUUGGUUUUGGUUUAUUAAAGGCAGUUACACCGGAAAUGCUUUUACAUAAUGGAAAUGAAACGUCAAGCUCUGAAUUUUGUGUAACUGAUUUACACAAUAAUAUUUCAAUGUUUCAAGGAUUUGUAAUUGAAGUGAUUGCAACUGGAAUUUUAAUGUUGAUGACAUGCGGUGUUUGGGAUGCGAGACAAACAAAAUAUGGUGAUUCAGUUGCAAUUAAAUUUGGUUUAGCGGUCGCAGUAAUUUGUAUGGCCGUUGGUCCAUAUACAGGAUGCAGUAUGAAUCCAGCGAGAUCAUUAGCGCCAGCACUUUGGAAUAAUCAUUGGUCAAAUCAUUGGAUAUUUUGGUUUGGUCCACUCGUUGGAUCACUUAUUGCAUCUCUAUGUUAUCGUUGUAUUUUUUGGCCAAAAGAAUUUCAAGAGAUGAGACCAAACAUUGAGGCUUAUCACGUAUCCUUGUGAAAUUUAAAUUUUCGAAAAAAUUGUUUCUUUUUUUUGCCCAAGCUUUAUAGACUGACACGAGAAAAUACAUAUCACUCAAAUAAUAAUAAUAAUAAUGUAUUUUUGUCUCUCGGGGAAAAAUAUUUAAAUGCCUCUUAAAUAUAUUUUCGCAAGAUAUUAUUUAAAUUUAUCGUGUAUUGUUAACUAUGUUUAAAAAUAAUAUAUAUUGUUAUAAAAAUGCUUAUUGUGUAAAUAAAAGGAUUGUUUUUUUAA